GUGUAACACAUAUGCUGGUCUUUCAAGGAGUAUAGUCUCCAGUAACAGAUAAAUAAUAUACAGUGCAUGCAGAUAGUAUUCACAGCGCUUCCGUUUUUCUACAUGUUAUGUUACAGCCUUAUUUUAAAAUGGAACCAAUUCCUUUUUCCCCUCAAAAUUCUACACACAAUACCCCAUAUUCGCAUGCACAUAAGUAUUCACAGCCUUUGCCAUGAAGCUCAAAAGUGAGCUCAGGUGCAUCGUGUUUCAACUGAUAAUCCUUGAGAUGUUCCUACAGCUUAAUUGAAGUCCACCUGUGGUAAAGUCAGUUGAUUGGGCAUGAUUUGAAAAGCCACACACUUGACAAUGUAUGGCGAAGCGCAAAACCAAGAAUGAAGUCAAAGAAAUUCUGCUGAAACUCAAUACGCUGCUAUGGAAAGAGCGAACAGCUUGCAGAGGUUCAUGAACAGGCGUCCCUCCGCUAACUGUCGCUACCAGCCUACCCGCUACGAGCAUGCCGCCAACUGCUACACGCACGCAUUCCUGAUUGCGCCCGCCUUGGUGGGCAUGGCGCUGCUGCACCGGCUGUCAGACAACCAGUGGCAGCGCGUGACGGCGUGGGUGUACGGUCUGGGCCUGUGCGCCCUCUUCCUUGUGUCCACCGUUUUCCACAUCAUCACCUGGAAGAGGAGUCACAUGAGGGAGGUGGAGCACUGCUUCCACAUGUGCGACAGGGUUGUCAUCUACGUCUUCAUCGCCGCCUCUUACACGCCGUGGCUGAACUUGCGAGAACUGGGGCCACUCGCCGCUCACAUGCGCUGGUUUGUGUGGCUGAUGGCGGCCGCCGGAAUCAUCUAUGUCUUCAACUACCACGAAAAGUACAAAGUGGUGGAGUUGACCUUCUACUUGACUAUGGGCUUUCUCCCAGCUUCCGUGGUCACCUCAAUGAACAACACGGAGGGUGUUCACGAGCUGGCGUGCGGCGGCCUCAUCUACUGCCUGGGCGUGGUCUUCUUCAAGAGCGACGGCGUCAUCCCCUUCGCCCACGCCAUCUGGCACGUGUUUGUGGCGCUGGCGGCCGCCGUGCACUACUACGCCAUCUGGAAGUACCUCUACAAGCCCUCCGGCGCCGACGCCCUCUUCCACUCGUGAGACGCCGCCGAAAUAACGUUUACGACCAUGAAUUGUUUACCCUCUUUUCCUACGCGGUUCUUUGAAGACCAAACUUUUCUAUCACUUCCUGUCAUUCCACUGCCAGAGGGGAGGAGCUGAGGCGCUAAGAGGCGGGGUUAUCUUUAAAACCUCUUCCUGUCACGCCAGGAAGAGAACUUAAGUGAAAUCGAAAGUGUUCAAUUUGGCUGAAGUCGAGAUGGAUGCAUGUGGGCGAACUGGCGAGGGCGGUGCCUUGACUGAAGGGCAGAGCUUAGGCCAUUAACAUUUGACUUAUCUAGCGCCCCCUGCUGGUCUUUUGCUGCAUUCCGGGUGACGUGAAGGUGCUGAGAAGUCGGUGUUGAUGUCGUCUUUGUGACACGUGUGUUCUUGUAACGUUGGCCUUCCUGCCGCCAUCUUUGUGGUGCUACUCGCUCUCCUCAUGCGACAAUAAAAGCAGAGAAAAAUGCA